UGCGACAAGGGUUAUUUUGGUUACAGCUAUGACCAGUGCUUCGAAUGCCCUACUGGUACUUACAAGGAUGUGAUAGGUUUCAACGACACUUGCCAGGACUGUCCCGGGUACUCUACUACAGAGUUCACGGCAUCCACCGAUUUCAGCCUUUGUAAGUGUGGGCCUGGGUACACUGGGGCUGAUGGCAGCGACUGCACAGCUUGCAAUUCCGGUUACUUCAAGAAGCUAUAUGGGAAUUACCCCUGCAUACAAUGCCUUGACACAUACGUCACCGUUAACGACGCCCAGGGGAAUCAAGCCUGCUUCUGCAACUAUGGGUACUACCAGAACGAUGCAGGUACCUGCUCGGCGUGUGCUGUCAACACUUUCAAGGACACGAUAUCCAAUGACAAUACAUGUAAAAUCUGCACGAACUACAGUGUGACGCUGCAGACCGGGAGUACGAGCAUCAAUGACUGCCUAUGUGAGCCAAGGUACGGUCUGAACAACGAUGGGCUGUGUGUCCCGUGCGAUGGGAAUACAUAUCAGGAUACAUUCAGCAGGAGCACAUGUGUGGGCUGUCCUUUGUAUUCAACUUCAAACGGUUUCUCCAUUAAGAGCGACUGCCAUUGCAUUGCAGGGUAUACCGGCCCUAAUGGUGGCCCUUGUUAUCCAUGCCCCGCAAACACUUACAAAACAAACGUUGGCAAUACAAGUUGUACAGACUGCCCAUUGCAUACAAACUCAUCUCUGGCAUCCAUUGCUCUGGCCUCGUGUCAGUGUGGGGUCGGGUUCCAAGGCGCUGCUGGUGGGCUGUGUCAGGCGUGCGAUCCGAAUGCCUACAAGGGGGUGAUUGGGGACUUUCCGUGUAAGUGCAAGCCUGGUUAC